AUGGGAACAUGUCACUUGCCGGUAGAACUUGAGCGUUGUUCUCAUUGGGCUAUUAAAACCUUGAACUUUGACCUUCGAGGUGCCGGUGAAAAGAGGUUGCUUGACCUCCAUGCCUUGGAAGAGUUAAGAUUGGAUGCAUAUGAGAGUGCACUGAUCUACAAGGAAAAAACCAAGGCUUGGCAUGACAAGCAUAUCAACAAAAGAGAGUUCAAGGAAGGUGACAAAGUCUUGUUAUUUAAUUCCCAGUUGAAGUUGUUUUCGGGUAAGCUAAAAUCAAGAUGGAGUGGGCCUUUUACCAUCAAAAGGGUUUUUCCAUAUGGUGCAAUCGAAAUCUCCAAUGAAAAUGGUGAACCAUUCAAAGUGAAUGGCCAAAGACUAAAGCCAUACUUUGAUGGUUUUGUGCAUAAAGAAGCCAAAAUUGUUCACCUUGAUGAAUUUGAUGUUCCUCAUUUACGUUGA